UGUAAAGAGGCUAGGAAUCAUCAGCAUAAGAAAAAUAAUAGUAUGCCACUAUUACUUAGGCCUACUCACUAAUAUCUAGUUAAGCCAUUAAAUGAAACAUAAAUUUGAAUGAAAAUUAUUUUCAGCAUUACAUUAUUCAGAAAAUGUUACAUUAAUGUCACUUAACAGCAGGAAUAUAACUGGAGUGCCUGUGUAAAAGAAGUGCCAAGUCUACUUAACUAAUUUUGUUUAAAGUUUUUCAAGUUUUUUUUAAAAUUUAUUUUUAAGUAUAAUUCAUUUGAUAUUCAUAGCUUUGAACCUAAUGUAGUGUUUGUGUGUGUAUGCAUGCUUUUUGAUCCAGCAGUCCUGGUACUUCCUGUUUUUGUUAUUCAAGGCUGUUUCUGAAAAACAGUACAGACCUUAGUUUACUUAAUAAUAAUAAUUAGAAAAAAAAAUCAUAGACUGUAAUUCAAACAAAGAAUCUAGGGAUAUGUUACUAAUAUGUCUCCAUUUCAUUGUUCACAUUUGUUUCCACACUGUUUGGAUUCUUGGUAGAAGACUUGCCCUCAUCUGCUUCCCUUGUUGCUGGGCAAGGUUUGUGAUCCUCGUGUCUGAUUGGUUUUAAGCAACUACUUCUUUGAGCCAAUCAGACAGUGAAUUUCACUUCUCUCAGAGGACUGAAGCACUGAAGCAGCUGCUGAUUUUAUUUUUCCUAUGGGGAGAUUAUAUAAAUGUGAGAGCAUGGCUGCAGCAAGCUCCCUCUUGGGUAUGUUUGAAAAAUUACAACGUUCAUCUGUAACUAAAGGGAAAAAAAUGAGGUUUAUUUUUUAAACUUGUUCACUAAGAAAACCUAAUAGGUAGUGAAUUUGAGAAAAAAGUGUAUUCUGAUGACAGAGUUCCUAUUUUUAUUUUACAUUUUCACAUUUAAAGAACUGUAAAAUGGUGUAAUAUAAGAAAAAAGUCCCUUCAGUUUACGUGAAUAUUUAUUUUGCUAUCUGUAUAUUCGCUUUAUUCAUUUAAAAGGUGAGUUCAUACAACCUUUUUAUAACCUGCUGCUAGAGGUAGUUAAGGAGGAAAGGAUGUAGUGAUUGUACUUUCAGCACUUAAUGUAGGUUGUCAAGAAUCAGACAUUUAAAUUUCAUUAGAUGAAUUAAACUUAGUUCAGUGCAGUGGACAACAAGAUGCUUUAUAAUGCUAUCCAUAGUAAACCUCAGAAUACAGAAUACUAUUAACUUUUGGAAUUGGAAAUCAGCAAUAAUGGUAGAUGGGAAUGAAAAUAAUCUUGUUAAUUAUUCAGAUGUAAGGUUUUGCCAGAUUUUUAGUUAUAAUCGUUUUAUAGAUGUAUAACCAAAUAAACCCACAGCUGAUAUCAAGUCAAUUCCAACUGGUAGCAACCCAUAGGACAGAAUAGAACUACCCCAUAGGGUUUCUAAGGAAGUACAUCUCUAAGGAAGCUGAUUGCCACAUCUUUCUCCCGCAGAGCAGCUGGUAGUUUGAACUGCCUACCUUUCUCUUAACAGCCGAGCUCAUAACCAUUGUGCCACCAGGGCUCUAUAGAUGUAUAGACUAUGGAUUAUUUAUUUGCUUUUUAGAAAUUUAUGUUUGGAUUUUGUGGGUUCUAACCCAUUGUGUACAAAAGUAUGUUCCUGUAUGUAUUGUCCUUGUUUGUCUUAUUCUGCAGUACAGAAGUAAUUCAUAUUUCUGGAAAAAUUCAUAGACAUGUAUUAAAGCAAGAUAAGAUGUAAAUUUUAUUUUUUUGUGCAUGUGGUAUGUUUAAUGCAUGUUAGGAUUUAGGAUUUUAUGCAGUGUUCUAGAUUACCUAUAUUAGACAGAGAACCACAUUGAACUCUUGUGGAUCCAGGUUUUGGUUUAUUAAUUAUAUAUACCUGACCUUAUUGUCUGUCUCCUGUUGCUGGGCAGGAAUCAGAAUGCUAGCUGGUGAUUGGCUGAGUUUGUGAGCAGCUCUUGAACAGCCACUUAAAUUUCUUGAGCUUUUUCAGCAAGCAGAUUGUAGGCUAAGACAUAACAGCUUUUGGAAAUACUUCCCUUUGUUGUUUCAUAGCUGUGAUCUGUUUGCUAGAAAGAAGAAAUGGGUGAAUGGAGGACGAUGAAGCAGAGAAAAAAAUAAUGUUUUCACUUAAAGAAGAGGCUCAUUGGGCUUUCCAUAAAAAUAGUUUACUAAAAAUUUGAAAAUUUUUUCCAAGCAUAGAGACUUUUUGCAGAUGUAAUUAUUUUGUAUGUUUGGAGUCAGCAAGGAAAAAUUACUCUGGAAUUUGCAUUCUGCUUCUGUAUGGAAAAUUUUUCAGUUAGCAUGACUUUGGAAUGAUUCAAAAUGGAUAGUAUAGAAGAACCUCAGAAAAAAGUCUUUAAGGCUCGAAAAACGAUGAGAGUGAGCGAUCGUCAACAACUUGAAGUAGUGUGCAAGGUCAAAGAAGAAUUGUUGAAGACUGAUGUCAAGCUGUUAAAUGGCAAUCAUGAAAAUGGAGAUUUGGACCCAACCUCACCUUUGGAAAAUAUGGAUUAUAUUAAAGACAAGGAAGAAGUGAAUGGCAUCGAAGAACCUUGUUUUGACCCCGAAGAAAGUAAAACAGAAUGGAAAGAAACACCCUGUAUCCUAAAUGCUAAUGUUAAAAACAAGCAGAACGAUGAUUUAAGUAGUGAACCUUUAUUUUCUAAUAAUAAAACUCCUGAACCAGCCUCUCAGCUGACUUCUGAACUACCUUCUGGUGUUCUGGCCUCUAGUGAUCUGGCCUCUGGAGAUGCGGCCUCUGGAAUACUGGCCUUAUGUGAUCCUGCCUCUGGUGAUCCUGCCUCUGGUGAUCCUGCCUCUGCUGACCGCACCUCCAGUGAUACCGUCUCUGGUGAACCUGCCUCCAGUGAACCUGCCUCCGGUGAACCCGCCUCUGGUGAACCCGCCUCUGUUGAAUCUGCCUCUGGUGAACCCGCCUCUGAUGAACCCCCCUCUGGUGAACCUGCCUGUAGUGAACCAGUCUCUGAUGAUCCGGCCUCUGGUGAUCUGGCCUCUAGUGAUUUGCCCUCUGGUGAUCUGUCCCCUGGAGCAUCAGCCACUAGUGAACUGCUCUCUGAUGAACUGGCCUCUGAUGAACCAGCCUCUGAUGAGCCAGCCUCUGGAACACUGGCUUCCGAUGAUCAAACAGCCUUUGAACCAAGUACUAUACCAGUUUGUGAAGCAGUUCCUGAAACUAUAGCGCCUAGUAGCAAUAAAGAUGAUAAUUUUCUUGAAAAAAAUAGGGAUGAUGAAAAGUUAGACCAAAUUCAGAGUAAGGACUCAUUUGAAGAGAAAAAUAAAGGUGAUAGUAAUGUUGAUGCUAAUGAAGAAACUCAAAAAACAGAUGAAACAACUGUUUGUUCGAAUCUGUCUUCUGAAAAUGAAAAGAAGGUAGAGGAAGAUGGUAUCCCAGAGCUUGCUCUUGGAGAAGAGGCUAUAUCUAGUAGUAUGGAGCUUGAUCAAGGUGAAAAAAAUGAAGAUGAAAAUUCUUCAGACCUUGCAGAAACCAUUAAUGAAAAUGUUAUAGAAGAUGAUAAAAAUGAGAAUAUGUUAGAAAACACAGAUUCCAUGGAGACAGAUGAAAUUAUCCCUAUUUUGGAAAAACUUGCACCUACUGAAGAUGAACUUACUUGCUUUUCUAAAACAUCUCUUAUUCCAAUUGAUGAGACAAAUCCAGAUUUGGAAGAGAAAAUGGAAGGUUCUUUUGGCUCACCAUCUAAACAAGAAAGUAGUGAGAGUUUGCCAAAAGAAGCCUUUUUGGUCCUCUCUGAUGAAGAGGAUAUUUCGGGUGAAAAAGAUGAGUCUGAAGUUGUAUCACAAAAUGAGACAUGCUCUCCAGCAGAAAUAGAAAGAAAUGAAAAGGACAGCAAACCUGAGGACGACGAGCAAGUAAUACCUGAAGAAGAUGAAAGACCUUCUGAGAAAAAUGAAUUUUCAAGAAGAAAACGUUCUAAAUCAGAGGACAUGGACAAUGUACAGUCUAAACGCCGUCGGUACAUGGAAGAAGAAUAUGAGGCAGAAUUUCAAGUAAAGAUUACAGCCAAAGGAGACAUUAACCAGAAACUACAAAAGGUUGUGCAGUGGUUGCUGGAAGAAAAAUUGUGUACGCUACAGUGUGCUGUAUUUGAUAAGACUUUGGCAGAAUUGAAAACACGAGUGGAAAAGAUUGAAUGUAACAAAAGGCAUAAAACAGUUCUUACUGAACUACAGGCCAAGAUAGCCAGGUUAACAAAACGGUUUGGAGCAGCCAAAGAAGAUCUUAAGAAAAGACAAGAAAAUCCACCAAACCCACCUGUAUCGCCAGGAAAGCCUGGAAAUGAUAUCAAUAGUAAUAAUAAUGUGCCCUACAGAAAUGCAGGCACAGUGAGACAGAUGCUGGAGUCCAAAAGAAAUGUAAGCGAGAGUGCACUGCCAUCCUUUCAAACCCCGGUGAAUACAGCAACUUCAGCCAGUCUUAUCACUCCUCCAACUGUUGUCAGUAGUCAACCUAAAUUGCAGACUCCAGCAACCUCAGGUUCUCUGACAGCAACAUCAGUUCUUCCUGCACCCAACACAGCUACAGUAGUUGCUACUACUCAGGUGCCUAGUGGAAAUCCUCAAACUACAAUCUCUUUACAACCUUUGCCAGUGAUUUUGCAUGUACCUGUUGCUGUAUCCUCCCAGCCUCAGCUUCUACAGAGCCAUCCGGGGACUUUAGUGACCAAUCAACCUUCUGGCAACGUUGAAUUUAUUUCUGUGCAAAGCCCACCUACAGUGAGUGGUCUUACCAAAAAUCCAGUAUCUUUGCCAUCCUUGCCAAACCCCACUAAACCAAACAAUGUUCCUUCUGUGCCCAGUCCUAGUAUUCAAAGGAACUCUCCUGCCAGUGCUGCACCGUUAGGAACAACACUUGCUGUACAGGCUGUUCCAACAGCACACUCUAUUGUACAAGCCACAAGGACUUCUUUACCUACAGUUGGCCCAUCAGGACUCUAUAAUCCAUCAAAUAAUCGAGGUCCUAUACAGAUGAAAAUUCCAAUUUCUGCUUUUAGUACUUCAUCUCCUGCAGAACAGAGCAGCACUACUACCCCAAGAAUUGAAAACCAGACAAACAAAACAACAGAUACUUCUGUUAAUAAGAAAGCAGCUGAUAGUACAUCACAGACUGGGAAAGCCAUAGCCAGUGAUUCAGGCGGUGUCAUUGAUCUCACAAUGGAUGAUGAAGAGAGUGGAACUUUACAAGACCCUAAAAAACUCAAUCACACGCCUGUAUCAACCAUUGGUCCUUCUCAGCCUGUGACUCGACCGUUACAACCCAUACAGCCAGCACCCCCUCUUCAGCCAUCAGGGGUGCCAACGAGUGGACCAUCUCAGACAACAAUACACUUACUACCUACAGCCCCAACCACCGUGAAUGUAACACAUCGUCCAGUAACUCAGGUUACCACAAGACUCCCUGUACCAAGAGCUCCUGCAAACCACCAAGUUGUUUAUACAACUCUUCCAGCACCACCAGCUCAGGCUCCCCUCCGAGGAACUGUUAUGCAGGCUCCUGCUGUUCGGCAGGUUAAUCCUCAAAAUAGUGUCACAGUUCGAGUGCCUCAGACAACUACAUAUGUUGUAAACAGUGGACUAACACUGGGAUCAGCUGGACCCCAGCUCACAGUACAUCACCGACCACCACAAGUGCAUACUGAGCCCCCACGCCCUGUGCACCCAGCACCCUUACCAGAAGCCCCACAACCACAGCGUCUGCCCCCAGAAGCUGCCAGCACAUCUCUGCCUCAGAAGCCACACUUGAAGUUAGCGCGAGUUCAGAGUCAAAAUGGCAUUGUACUGUCAUGGAGUGUCCUGGAGGUGGAUCGAAGCUGUGCCACUGUUGACAGCUACCAUCUCUAUGCUUAUCAUGAGGAACCCAGUGCCACUGUGCCCUCACAGUGGAAAAAGAUUGGGGAAGUAAAGGCACUUCCUUUGCCCAUGGCAUGUACUCUCACCCAGUUUGUAUCUGGCAGCAAGUACUACUUUGCGGUACGAGCCAAGGAUAUUUAUGGACGAUUUGGACCUUUCUGUGAUCCUCAGUCAACGGAUGUGAUCUCUUCUUCCCAGAGCAGUUAAACCUUGGAGCCUUUAUCUCUGUUCCUCUUUCAAAAGUUCUACUUUUUAGUCUGUUUUUAAUCUUGUGCAUGAUACCCACUGUAAAAUCAACAUUCUGCAAGAUUUCUCGAACAGAUGUGUCUAUACACUACAUUUGUUUUUAACCAAAAGUAAAAUAAACCCAGCCUAUAAAGCAAGAAUCUAUUUUCCUGGACAAUUCAGGCUUCAAGGUCUUGAAAUGUAAAUGUGCACCUUGCUUUUAGUUUUCAGGCUGGGAAAGGUUUGUGGGUGUUUGUGUAUUUUUUCCGUAUUUACAUGUUUCUUGCAGUGGAAUCUUCCACUUUCAUUCUCAGAUUUACCUCUUUUCUAGCAAAGUAGAUCAAAGGAUCUGAGGUAUGUAACUGGCAUGAUAUGAUUCUCCUUCUGAGGGAUCUGUAGGAUCAUAGUGAAUGAUUUAUACUGAAUCUAAACAAAACCCAAAGAAAUAAAUAAAAAGAAAAAUGGCUGAGUAGUUUAAAAUAGGUUAAUUUGAACACAGGAAAGAAUCUGUUCAUCUUUUGUCUCUACUGGGUUGUUUAUCAGGUGAAAAAGAUCUGCGAUGGCCCCUUCUUUUCCUCAUCUGGUGUUUUAAAUUUAUUUUGUGCCUUAAAGACUACAAAAAUAAACACGGCCAUUAUGUCCAUUGUUGUUUACUCUUCCCUUCCAGCCCUUCACCCUUCAUUCCUCUCUUGUCUUCAGCAAAUACACCCUUAGUCCCUCAAGUAAUUUUAAACCAAGACUUUUAUAUAUAUUCCCACCUGUGGUGUCACUACAUUUAAUUUCAGAAGUUUGACUUACUAUUUUCUUCUGUAAGAAUAUAUAUGCUUUUAUUUUGGGUCACUAUCUAAAUUGACUCUGUAAAGUGGACCAAGAGAACACCAGAUUGUCUAAGAAACUUUUCCUUCAAACGUGUUUUAUUAUCAAUGUUUUACAGUGUGCUAGAGAUUAUGAAAGAAAUUUUAGUUCACUUUAUCAUCGAAACCUAGCGUUCUUUCAAAGGAAGUGGUAAAAUUCAGAAAGUACAGUAAACUAAAGUAUCAAAGGGAGAGCUCACUGUUCUCUUUAUUCCCUUAUCAAUUUUCCUGUUUUAACCUUUGAACUUUGUUUUGAUGGUGCCAAGUUGAGUCUCAUUUUUACCCUGUGUCAGUUUUGAAUAGAGAUUAAAGUAUACCCUUUGGGGUCAUUUUCUGUAACAAUUAGAUAUAAACUCCUGUGUAACUCCAUUCCUCUUCAAAGUUAAUAGAAUUCAGCUUAAAUCAUGGAUUUUAAUAUGGGUGCCAGCCGUACUGGUUAUCAGCUCAGUGUUUGAGUGUAGAUAGUUUAGGACAGGAGAGCCAGGGUAAGUUUGAGGAUGAGGGUAUGAUGGGGAAUAUUUUUAAAAGAAUUCACAGAGUUUGUGAAAUAGCUUUUCAAGUCACCUGCCCCUUGCCAUACUUGACUUCUUAUUUCUUCCUUCUCAAAAUAAAUUAGUCAUUUAUUUUUCCUGAAAUUGUAGGAGGGAGCUAUCCCUGCUAUUAGUAUUGUUUUGUUUGCAACUUUGAUGGUUUGUAUUAUAUUAGGAAUUAUUCAGAUUAUAAAGUUCUCUUUAGAGAAAGUUCCCUUUCACUAAAGGUCAUGUACUGUCAUCUUAGUUGUGAAGUUUGAUUGAUGCUGAAGAAAGGCCACAGAUUGCCAAAAUGUCAGUGCUCUGAAACCUUCCUUUCACUUUUAAAAAAUGACCACACUGCUAAUUAGGUUUUCAUGACUUAAAUUUGGCAACCAGCUAUGUAGAUGUUUACUCAUUCUAGGACUAAUUUUAAUGAUGAUGGUAAAGAGGAUGUCAGUGUCAUGACAGUGGGCAUUUCGAAAAUGGAGAAAUUGAUGAUCUCCUGGAUGUUUAGGAACACCUGUCUAUGUCUGCAUGUAUAUAAAUUCUUACCUACAAUGGUUUCAAUUUUGAUUGUGUUCAAGAUGAUUCCUGUGUACAGAAUUAGAAAGCUUAUGUUCAAAAUUGUUCUCUGUUGGCCUGUUUCAUGGUCAUGUGACAACCAUUUGCUUACCUAGCCUAGCCCUUAAAAAAAAAAAAAAGCUUUCAUAGCAUUAUAUAAUCAGGUGAGAAGGCCCAGUAGAAUGAAAAUAUUUCAUUAUUUUAGCCUAUAUUGUGUUUUCUCUCAAAGGAAAAAAAAAGAUCUCAAAUAGUAACCUGAAAAAAAAACUUAAAAGUUUUUAUUCCAGAUAGUGGAAGGAAGGUAUAAAGAGACGAUUGCAAUGGUUUAAAGAAAAAGUAUACGGGCUUUUCAGAUUAGUGUGCUGUGGAAUUUAUCGGCAACAGCUGUUUUAGAUAUACUAGAUAGAAGGUACCAGGCCAGAAUUCUAAGCAGUCAUUUGGGGCAGGUUGUAAGGUUGCUGAGCGCUGGCUUUUUAUUUAGCUGUCUCUUUUGGGAGAGAGAAUGGAGGACACAGCUAGAAAUAGCUAGUUAAAACAGACUUUUUAGUAGCAGUUCACACUCCAUGGUACCUUUUUUUUUUUUUUUUUAUCUCACAGUACCUUUUCACAGAGUAUUACAAAUAAGCUCAGUUAUCCCAUUUGGGGAAUACAAGUUUGCAACCUUUUUAGACUGACAAUACUUGUGUAAGUAUUGCCCUGUUGGAAAUCUUGGAAACUUCUGAUACUUCAACCUGAAAUGUAGGAUGUUUAUAUGGCAUUUAACGUUAACGGUCAUGUUUAUUGCUCUCAACUUUGCACUUUGUCAGAGUAAUUUUCACCCUGUUUUAAGUGUGACUAAACCUCUUUUUAAAAUUGUGUUCUUGCCAGUAAAUUUAUAAACAGCAUUCAAAGGAAGUAUCUGUUAACAGUUAACUUUAUGUGAUAACUAUAUCCCUCUAUUUCUGUGGACUCACUUUAAAAAAUAUGCAGGAUACUAUAUACUAUUUAACACAGUGUAAGUUUAGGAGAGCAGUGGAGAGUAGAGCGUUCUCCUUGAAAAGUGAAUUAUUUGUUGAGAGACCAUUUGCUUCCCUACUCCCCUC